CCCAAGAUGGCGGCCAGAAGCACAGCGUGAAGCAGCCGCGAUGGCCGGGAGCGAGGCGGUGCUGAGGCGGGUGAUUGAGGCGCUGGAACUGCUACUGGGGACAGCCAAAGCUGCCGGGACAGAUUCAGGCCCUCUGCAGUCAACGAAGCAUGUCGAUUUGCUGGAAUCUUUGCGCUUCAAUAUAUCCAUUUUGGAAGAGAAGUUUGCCCAGGACCCGCAAUGGGAUGAACUGCAGAGGUUGAGAACUGAGGUCUCUAAGCAGGCUCAGUGCCUGGCGUCCUGCUCGGAUGUGCCUUGGAAUUUUACUUGCCAUGCCUUGCUCCUUCUGCUGUGUCUCAAGCAGUGCAUGGUCCUCUUAGCAACAACUUACUGCCCACCUCAGCCAAACUCCAAGACAGCUGAAGCUGCACCUCCUCUGAGUCCCGACACCCUCAGCAUUGCCCAGGAGAAAACUGUGCAGGCGGCCUUACAGUUUGUUGUGACCUUGGGCAUUUGCCCAUAUCUCUUGCCUGGCGUUGGGCUUCCCCUGAGAAGCAGGACAGAAUUCAGUGCCCUGGUUCAAGAGGUGGCCUCACCCAGAUGCAUUUCCAGUGCCACACGCCGGCUUUAUGCAACCUGCACUGUCCUAAUGGAGGUCGCUAAUCACACAUCCCUGAGCAGACUUAUUCUCACACGUCACUUGGGGGAUCUCCUGGUGGGGCUGUGCCAGCUCGGAUUCUGUCCAGCAAGAAGAAAGGGUGAAGAAGAAGCCAAACCCUUAGAGGAGCAGGUGGUGAGUUGUCAGCUUGGAUUCAGGGUUGGGAACCUGCUGUGGCCUUCUGCUACUGUUGGACUCCAACUUCCAUCAGCCCCUGGUGUGAUGGGAAAUGGCCUUACAGAAGAGGAGCGAAGUAGCUGCAGGGAGGCAUUGCAAGGCCUUUUGGACAGAGUUUACCAGCCACUGGUGGUUCGAGAACUGCUGCUGCUGCAAGGUGGACCCAAACAGGGCUCUGGUUCCAGUGGACGCAGCAGUGAGCGUGGUCUGGCACCAGCCCCAGCCUGGCUCCGGCGUCUCUGUGGGCAGCUGCUCUCUGAGAGGCUGAUAAGACCAGGUGGUGUUCAGGCUGUGGUCCGUGGCAUCCUGGAGGGAGCAGGAGCUGGGGCUGCAGGUGGCAGCAGUGCCGAAGCAGCAGCAGCUGACUGGCGGAAGUGUGACGCUGUGGCCAGGAUCCUCUCCACUUGUCCUCAGCAGUCUCUGUCCCUGGAGGAUUAUUGCCAACAGGUGUGCCCACAGGUUCUGCAGCUGUUCCUCAUUCAGGAUAAGCUGACAGCCCGUCAGUUCCAGCAAGUUGCCACCAUGACUGUCCUCACCGUGGCAAGACAACACCCCCAGCAAGCAGAGAAGCACCUGCUGCGUCCCAUACUGGAGCCCCUCCUGCGCUGCUCAGAUGAUGUGACAGAAGUACCGCUGAAAGAGCUGCUGGCAGGGACUGUGUUGGUGAAAGAGGAGGAGCUCAGUGAGUGUGUGGAAAGCGUGCUUAAGGUGUACGUGGUUGGCAAUGAACCCACAGCUUUCCUAUUGGAUUCCUUGCAGCCUGUGCUAGGAACCAUCUUCUCCCUCUGGUGUUUUACCAAGCAGAACGUGUCUUUCUUACGCACUCCAUGCCAAGAGAUCCUGUUAUGGUUCUUGGAGAAAUGCGAGAGGCAAAUUGCACUAUCCAUCCUGGAAGGACUUGCAAGGCUUGGAGGAGCCACCCACCUGCUCCAUCCGCUCUGUCAGUUUCAGGCAGGCAGUGAAGGGGGUGCUGUAGUCACCAUCAGAGAAGCUAUCAGCGAUGAAGACGAGGCUCUCUACCAGAAGGUGUCCUCUGAGCAAUGGCAGCUGGAGCAGCUGGUGGAGCUGCUCUCUCACUGCCAGAGCAGUGGCUUAGCCGGAGACUUCUUCCUCUGUUGCCUAAAGGAGCUGACACGCAUGGCUGGGCAGGGUGCUUCCAAAAUGGAGUCUGCCCCGCUCUCCUCCUGCAACAGCCCUCUGGACCUGGAGCAAUGCUGCAGCCCUGGCCUUGAGCAGCAAGAGAGGCAGCUGCAGGUGCUGCAGUUGGUUGGCAUGAUGUGCGAGAGGAUCUCGGAUGCGCUGUUCACAGACAUCUCACAGGUUGUGGAAUUCGUGGCAACAACUCUGCAGCGGGCCUGUGCAAGUCUCACUUGCAGCUCGGGGGGUAGCACUGUGGAGGCCCAGACACUGAGCAUGGCUAUGGGACUGGUGGCUGCCAUACUAGGAGGGGCAGUGCAGCUGAAACCGGCUGACUUUGCUUCCCUGAAGGGGCUGGUGCCCCUGCUGGAGGAUCUCUCCCACGUUCAUCCAGAGCCUGUCAUCCAGGAGCUUGCUGCCGACUUGCGUAUCACCAUCUGCACCCAUGGAGCUUUUUCCACAGAGACAGUCAGCUCUGCUGCGCAAAGUACCCUGGGCAAGAGUGAUGCAGGAGUGGCGGUCAAACCAAGAGCUCUUGUAAGACAGGGCCUCACCAAAAGGCUCCCUAGAGAGACCUCCAACCCCAAGGCGGCUCUGCCACAGGACCACAUGGAGAGCAGCUUGGGCACAGACCCCAUUUCCAACCUGCCAAAAGGGCCUCUGGCUGGGGAAUCUGUUGCAGAGCCAGGCUGUGGAUCUCAGGACCUGCAAGAACUCCUCUUAUCAGUUUAUGACCCGGACAUUCCAGCACGAGCAGCUGCCUUGCGCAGUCUUUCCCGCUUGAUAGAGCAGAGGGACUCGGAAGCCCUGAAGAUCCAGGAGAAGCUGCUGAAGGCUUUUUUGGAAAAUUUGGAGCACGAGGACUCCUUUGUUUAUCUUUCUGCUAUCCAAGGUGUUGUGCUGCUGUCGGAUGCAUUCCCAGAGCGAGUCCUUCCCUACCUGCUGGCCCAAUAUGGGAGCGCUCAUCCAGGCACACAGGAAGCACAGACGGUCGAGACCAGGAUGAAAGUGGGGGAGGCCCUGAUGCGCAUCACACGGGCACUAGGAGACAUGGCCUUCUCACACCGAGACAACCUGAUCCACACUUUUCUACGAGGAGCAAGAGAUCUGGAUGGCACUCUUAGGGCAAGCAGCCUGUCCAAUCUGGGAGAGCUGUGCCAGAUACUUCAUUUUCAGCUGGGCUCUGUGGUCCAUGAGGUGACCUCAUGUCUGACAGCAAUAGCGAAGACCGACGGUCAGGUUGAAGUGCGGAGAGCAGCCGUCCAUGUGGUGGUGCUUCUGCUGCGUGGCCUCAGCACAAGAGCGGUGGAGGUUCUCCAGGAUGCCCUGCUGGAACUCUACCACCUGCUGAAGUUUGUGGUGCGCUGCGAACAAGAUGAGGUCACUGUACUUCACGCACAGCUGGCCUUGGAGGAGCUGGAUGGCAUCAUGAGGGAGCUCCUGUUUCCCCGUCAAACUCUUGAGAAGAAGAUUGAGGUCCUUCCUUAGGGAAGCAUAAAUCCCAGUGGAUCAGAGGACUCCUGCUACUGUGCGGCAAAACCUCAGAACUGUACCAGGGUCUCUCAGGGAAGUGGGGUUUGGGAGCAGAGCAGCAGAGCUCUUGAACUUAUGUGGCCUCAGAAGUGAUAGUCUGCAGUGAGGGAGUGGCUGGUCCUUGAGCUGUGGCUCCUGAGAGCAGACUGGGCCAUUGCCUGCCUGGAACAUUGCUCCUGUGGGCAGAUUGUGCUGAAAUUUGACACUUAUUCAAGGAUGUCCCUUAGGAGGGAAGGGCUGUCUUGGGGCUGCUCCUGGGAUCAGUCAAUGCAAUAAAUUUAAUAGGGGAACUUUCUUGUGUGAAAAGUGUACAUGCUUUCAUAGACCAGGGUUCAGAUACCCCACCUGGCUGGGAGCAGAUGGUGUCCAGUGGAGAGGGAGUCAAAUUUAGAGCAGGUAUAAGAGGAGUGGCUAUGAGCAUGAAUCGCAGAGUCCCUGGCUGUAAUCCCUGGUUGGCUGUGAAAUCACCAGCUGGCCCUAGGUGAACUCCUGCCUUGUAUCCUCUUCCUUGCUUUUUAUGGGAUGUUUCUUGUUUGCAAUGAAAUGAAGCUGAAGUGUGGUCCCGUCCUUCACAGGCCCUUGACUGGGGCAUUCCAUUCUGCCUUUUGCUUUUUGUUUUGGACUGUAAAUGCAACAGAGAAAAGUUUGCUCAGAUUUCUUUUUUAAAAAAAUCCUGCAUGACGCAGUUAUAGGAACUCAGCUCAACAAGUUUA